CACUCCUACCCAGAAGACACGACAUUCGACGAGAAGGAUGGCUGGAAACGCGUCUUCGUGUCCGAUCUCGAGUACAAAUAUUCGAACGCGACGAUAACACAGCAGGAUCGGAAAAAAGCAAAAAGCAAAAGCGGGACUCCUGGACUGGCAGGGCAAGGAGGAGUGCUGAAAGAUGCCCUAAAAUCAGUGGGAAAAUUUAUACCCGUGGUCAUCACCUGGUAUACGGGAAAGGACCUCGAAAAUCCCAGUUGCUGGCCAAGUGGACAUUGGACGCCUACUGACGACGCGUUCGUCUGUGCACUCACUCUACGAGGGUGGUGGGACAGGCCCAAGUGUUUCUCGUUUAUCGAGCUGUGCUAUGGUCCUUCUAGAUGCAUCUUCGUUCGUGUUGUUGAUACUUGCGCUGGAUGCCAAGAUGGAUCUCAUCAUGUCGACCUUACUCGCGGCGCAUUCUCUCAUUUGGCGAACCUGGAUAAGGGUGUGUUGGGUGUCAACAUGAGGGCUGCGACAAUUCCGUCUGGUGUAUGGUAG